CCGGAAGUAGAUCCUCGACAUCUUUUUUUUCAGGUUGGGCUUUCCGAGUAAGGUGGCUGUGGUGAAAGGAACAGCUGUACUUGAAGAUAACACCAGAACGGAACUGAGGGCGAAUUUAGGGAAUAAGCGCUGCCAGGCAAUAGUAACCAUUAGCCCUGGGGUGUUCUGCCAUGUUGAAGCAAGCUGUAGGUAAGCUUAUAUUGGGAUCUCUGCACCAAGCUCACUGGACAAAAUGGUGUCAGAGGGAAUUUCGGCUAGGUCAACUUAUAUCCGUCACCCCACUUCACAAGGACAAGGUCCUUUCUGAUAAAAGAAGUGAGCUGAAGAGACAUUUGAAGGAUGAGAAGCAGCUGAAUCAACCACCUGUCUCUAAUCACUCUAUUGAUGAUGAGCUGCCCACUGAUGAGGAGAGCCUGGAUCCACAUCAAUAUUAUAAGAUCCGCAGCCAAGCGAUCCAACAGCUGAAGAUCAAUGGGGACAACCCUUACCCACACAAGUUCCAUGUGGAUGCUUCACUUGCCCACUUUAUCAAGCAGUACAGUCACUUGCAACCAGGGGACCACCUGACUGAUGUCACCUUGAGAGUUGCAGGUCGUGUCCAUGCAAAGCGGUCUGCAGGGAAGAAGCUGGUCUUUUAUGAUAUUCGAGGAGAGGGCAGCAAGCUGCAGGUCAAGGCCACAUCCAAGAAUUAUAAAUCAGAAGAAGAAUUUUUUCACAUAAAUAACAAACUUCGACGGGGAGACAUUAUUGGAGUGCAGGGUAAUCCAGGGAGGACCAAGAGGGGAGAGCUAAGCAUCAUUCCCCAUGAGAUUACACUCCUGUCACCAUGUCUUCAUAUGUUGCCUCACCUUCAUUUUGGCCUCAAAGACAAGGAAACACGGUAUCGGCAGAGGUACUUAGACUUGAUCCUGAAUGACUUUGUGAGGCAGAAGUUUAUCACCCGCUCCAAGAUAAUUACCUAUAUAAGGAGUUUCCUAGAUGAAUUGGGCUUCCUGGAGGUUGAAACUCCUAUGAUGAACUUCAUCCCAGGAGGAGCUGUUGCCAAACCCUUUAUCACCUACCACAAUGAGCUGGACAUGAACUUGUAUAUGAGAAUUGCCCCAGAGCUCUACCACAAGAUGCUGGUGGUGGGUGGCAUUGACCGAGUUUAUGAAAUUGGACGUCAGUUCAGGAAUGAAGGAAUUGAUUUGACUCACAAUCCUGAAUUCACAACCUGUGAGUUCUACAUGGCAUAUGCAGACUACCAUGAUCUCAUGGAGAUCACUGAAAAGAUGAUAUCAGGAAUGGUGAAGAACAUUACAGGAAGUUACAAGGUCAGCUAUCAUCCAGAUGGCCCAGAGGGCCAGGCCUACGAUAUUGACUUCACACCACCCUUCCGCAGAAUCAGCAUGGUGGAAGAGCUGGAGAAAGCUCUUGGAAUGAAGCUUCCUGAGACCAGUCUUUUUGAAACAGAAGAAACUCGUAAGAUUCUUGAUGAUAUCUGUGCGGCGAGAGAUGUGGAAUGUCCCCCUCCCCGGACCACAGCCAGGCUUCUCGACAAGCUUGUAGGUGAGUUCCUGGAAGUGACCUGCAUCAACCCCACUUUCAUCUGUGACCACCCACAAAUAAUGAGCCCUCUGGCCAAGUGGCAUCGCUCCAGGGAUGGCCUUUCUGAGCGCUUUGAGCUCUUUGUGAUGAAGAAGGAAAUAUGCAAUGCCUACACAGAGUUGAACGAUCCUGUGAGGCAGCAGCAGUUUUUUGAAGAGCAGGCCAAGGCCAAAGCUGCGGGUGAUGAUGAGGCUAUGAUUAUGGAUGACAGUUUCUGUACUGCCCUAGAAUAUGGGCUGCCACCAACAGCUGGCUGGGGAAUGGGCAUCGACAGACUCACCAUGCUUCUUACAGACUCCAGUAAUAUUAAGGAGGUUCUUCUCUUUCCUGCCAUGAAACCAGAAAACAAGAAGGUGAAUCCAACAAAUACGGCUCUACCAGAAGACCCAUCAAUUGUCACCAUCAGCUAGACGGUAACUCGUGCAUCAUGGCCAACUUUUCUGACUGUCAUUUGUUCAACUUCUGCAACACAGUCCAUUCACUAAGCACAUAUUAAGCACUUAGGCUGUGCCAGGAAUUGUAGUGGCUGUAGGGGGUACAAGGACAAGAAUGAAGCAAACCCUUUUCUCGAGGAGAAACUCCAGGGUCCCACUCUGCCAUUUGACAUGUUACUCAAAUGAGACAGCACCAUGAGGACAGCUGGCUGCAUCUUGUUCCCCAGUCAAUCAUACCAGUCUCACUGUUCUACUUCAUUUCCUCUUAACCUUGGAAUACCUCCAUUCCAGCCAAAUCUGUACUUUAGCAGGUGUGGCUGCUUUCUUAAACUUCACUUGGGACCCAGUGCUAGCAGUGCUCAGAAAAUGAACCUUUUUACUGUGAAGAGCCAUAUUGAGAGUGAAAUGCUACCAUUUUGAGAUUCUUUUAAGGAAAACAGGAAUCAUCUGACAGGAGGACACAGCAUGGUUAGAGAGAUGACAGGAUUUGGAGUCUCCUGGUUGUGGAUGCCCUGUCAGCUCCUUACAAUGGGACAGUAUCUGGUAAGUAACUCUAGGCAUCAUGGUCUUCAAAUGAGAAAUGAAGGGACUGUCCUCAAGCAGCUCAGACCAUUUAAUUUCAGCAAGACAUUCUUGAACACCUAUAGGCGGAGGCUAAGCACAAGGGGAGAAAACACUUUCUAGUAGAAUUGAUACAUGGGCUGAACCUGGAAGAAGUCUUGGGAUCUGAGAGACAGGGGUCAAAGGGAGUCUGUCCCACACUUGGCGAUCAUCUGGGCAAAGAUCUAGGGGCAGAAGAUGAAAUGCCAAGUUUGGAGGAAUGGCUCAGUUUGAUCAGCUGCCUAGUAGAAGGCAUCUACUUUUAUUUUAAAACCCUUUCUUUCUUAGUCUUAGUAACUCCAGGCCUAGCUCUCUAUCCACUGAGCUACCUGAUUGCCCUAAGGUAGUUUUAAGCAUUUUUGUGUGUUUAAAAAUUUUCCCACCAGUGAUGACAUAUUUUUUUUCUUAUUGAUGUAUCUGAUAAGUCAGCAGAUAUAUCAUUUACAAUUUUAAUUGACUCAAUGCGUAGGAUUCAUGGUAAAAUAAAGGGUUUUUUUUUUAACACAUUUAAUACAUUUUGUUUUUCAGAUUCAUAGUCCUGGGCCUUAGAAUUAGAAGGGCCUUGGUCCUUCUAGUUCAACCCUUACCUGAAAUGAGAAUUCCCACCAUAGCAUAUCCAACAAAUGGUCCUCCACCCUCUGCUUGUAGACCUAUAAGGUUUAGGGAACCUAGCAGUGCUGAGAAAGAGCCCAUCUUAUUUCUAGGCAGCCUCCACUAUUAGGAAGCUUUUCCUGAGGUCAGACCUAAAUUGUAUGACUUCCUAGUUUUGCCCUCUAGAGCCAGACAGAAUAAGUCAGAUCCCUCUUUCACAGGGCAGAGCUUCAAAUAUUCCACAUCAUGUUCCCUAAAUCUGCUCCAGGCUAGCCUUCCACCAUUUCUUUAAGUCAUUUCUCAUGGCAUGCACUUCAGUCCCUUCAUUGUCCUAGUUGGAUUUCUCUGGUUACUCUUCCAGUUUAUUCAUUGGUCUUAUACUGAGGCACCUAGAAUGCAGCACAGUACUGCAGAUAGGGUCUGAUAAGGGCAGAGAAUUCCCCUUACCUCCUUGCUCCUGGUCUGCUUCUCAAUGCAGCCCCAAACAAAUGAGCCAGUUAGCUGCCAUAUCAAUGCAUGCUGACUCCCCCAGUUUGCAGUCCAUUGACUCCCAUGUCUUUUUCAACCAAACUACUUUCUUCCAAGCUUCUCCCAUUUUCUGUGUGUGAAGCUGGGGUGAUUCUGAGCCGACCCUUCCGGUUGAGCUAGCACAGGGCCCAACUCAUUGAAGUGGGCCCUUCUCAGUGCAUGGUGUUGAUGGAUUGGUGACUAAAAGGAUUAUCUAAAACAUUCUCCAGGGUGUGGUUUAACUCAGGAAUGCAGAGGAAUAGGAGUUCACUUGUAUCACACAGGAAUGAGUGCCAGGAAGACUGUCAAAAAGCAGAGAGAAGAAUUUGAGGAAGAUUCCAUGUAGAAUUUCACAAACAUUUUGUGUUCUGUGUUGGGCUAGGGGAGUCAACCACUUCUAGAUUAAACACAUAGCAUCACUGUAGCAAAGGAUGUUUCUGUGUGUAGAGUUACAGCAGCAGAUAUGUUGUUUAAAUGACCCAGAGUUUUUGUCAGAAUCCUUUUCCCUAAAGUCUCUCUCUUCCCUCCUUGCAUAAGUAUUCAGUGGAGAAUGCCAACUUUGGUAUAGCCAAAAUAUGUAUACUAUCAAAAGGGUAGGAAUGAAAGAACAAAAACAAGCAUUUAUUAAGCUCCUACUAUUUCAGACACUGCAAGGCACUUUGCAAAUUUUAUCUUUUGACCCUCAGAACAACCUUGAGAACUAGGUCUAUUAUUAUAUCCUUUAUUGCUAAAGAAACUGAGGCAAAUAGUCAAGAAACUUGUCCAGGGUCACACAGCUAUUAACUAUUGUUAUAAGCAAGAGAGGGUUAGAGCAUCUGGCAUCUGAUUGUGGGAUCAGGCCUGGGCCCUUUUGGAUCUAAGACCUUCCCUGGGGCCUAUCAGGGACCCUUUCCUUAAUAUAAGCUAAGGGGGGUUUAGUUUUAGUUUUAGCCAAAGUCAGGAACUGGGGAUUUAGGCAGUUAGGGAGGACUAGAGUAGAGAAAAAUAACUGAAGAAAUCUCUGUGAAGAGAUAUUAGAUCCUGAGUUAUUAGUUAGACAAAUUAGCUAUAGGUUAUCUAAUACCCUUUGACCUUAUUCUUUUAUUAAAUCUACUUCCCAUUUUAUUUGAGUGGUCUGUAUAUGUCAUUUUAGAGUCAGGCUCUGCCUGGCUUGGUUUGUAGGCCUUCCCAAAACCCUGUUAAUCUUCUGAUACUGGUCCAAACCUAUCCAUCUGGUCCCAUCCCCAAACCACCCUCCAUUACAGUUUGGCUGAGCCAGCAGGUUUGAGCCUAGGUUACUUUUGGGCAAGGCUGAAAGGGAUUUUUUGAACCUGAGUAUCAGUCAUUUUACAAACAGUUGAGAGGGAACUCUGAGCUGAAGAAUUUUCCUGAAACUGUCACUCAAGUGCCACCUGGCAGUAAAAUUCUAAGGGGCUUGCUUGAGUGAAGCUGCUGUCCAUUCAGCACCACAGUCACAUGUCAAUCAAAACUAGCUGCUGUCUGCUGUCCAGUGCUGAAGUCAAGAAAGUUCUUUAGUAGAGGUUUACUUUUUCAUGGUGGCUUCUAAUUUUAUAAUACCAAUUUUGUUUUAUUAUUAAGUGUUGUUCUCACAUUAUUCUUGUAUGUUCUGUGUUAGAGGGAAUAAUGAAAGUGCUGUAUGCUUGUUUGAUGUUGAUACCUUUUGUAUUCUUGAUUGUGAUACCAGAAUUUUUUUUUGCCAAUUGUUAGCUUGGAAUGUAAUAAGACCUGUGAUGAGAUUAACACUGCAGAGAGUGUGUUUCUACUUAAUUAUGAUUUUGUUGGCUUUUGGUUGUGCAUACAAAUUUUAUUGGAUUUUUAUUGUUACUCUAUAUAAAAUCAAGGGUGUUUUUACUUAGAUAUUCCGGGAUUCUGAGAUGAAGCCGAUGUUGAUAUUGAUGCAAGCAAUGAUUGAUAUGAUGGAAAAAUGUUAUAAUGCAACUCUUGUAAAUACCACUGUAAAUAGGAAAAGUACUGGUUCUGAAUUUUAAAAUGCUGAUGUGAAUGGUAUUAGGUAAUCAGCAGAGGGAAGUGAUAUAACACCAAAGACUCCCUGUAGGCUAGAAAGGGAAAUUGAGGCAUUGGAUAAAACACCUGCUUCAUUGUUUCCUUUAAGAGACUCUGCCUUUUGUUACUCCAGACAGGGGGAUUAUUCAUCUGAAAUCUCAUGAGAAAUUCUCAUCUGAAUUAGAUGCCAUAAAGAGGAGAACCCCUAGAUAUUUUGAUGAACCUCAUAAGGUAACUGUGAGUUCAAGGGGGUGAUUAAGAUCUUUGACCCUGAUUAUGCUGAUUUUUCUCUUUUGUUGUAAGAACUUCUAACUAGAAGAGAGAGGGAACAGUUUAUAGAACAAACCUGAAAUAAUCCUAAUCUAACACCAUGGCCAGAGAAUUAUGAGGAAAUUGGCUUGGAUUCAGUGUAGAGCUUUGAAGCAAGCAAGCAAGUCUAUCAUUGAAGUAAUGAAGAGAAAUUCUAGGAGACCUGACAACUGGUCAAAAUUUGAAUGCAUAAAGCAAGAUAAUAGGGAGUCACCUACAACAUUCUUGGACAAACUUAUGGAAGCUGCUGAGUUGCAAUUAGGUCUCGAUGUACUAUCAGAGGAGAUUAUUUCUCACAUCAGGAGGCUGUUUGUUAAAAAUUCCUGUGCUGUGGUGAGAAAUUUUUUUCUGAAACUGUCCAGAUUGGGAGACAGUUUUUGGUCUUGAGGAAUUUAAAAGGAAAGCUUGUUAUGUAGUUGCAGCUGACAAAGAUAAGCAUUCAGACGAAAAAGAUAGUGUUAUAGAAGAUCUGAAAAAACAAUUACAAGAAGCUUACCCUGCCAGCCAAACCUGAGGAUGUUCUCAGCUUUUCUCCCACUAGGGAGGAUCUAGAAGCAAAACCCCAGCAGGGGUCUUGCCUCAGAGUGGGAUGGCUCAAAUGACUAUCAUUCUUGUAUUAUAUACCCUUUCAAAACUAUAUCAAGAGGCUUGGCAAGAUUCUGACUGAUUUAUGAAUGGUUUAAUAAAGGAUCUUGGGUAAAUUGGGUGAAGGAAGGAGGGGAUUGGUUACCCUAUUGUCUCCUAUUCGGUCUCUAGCCUGAAUGGUGUGAACCUCACCCUUUCAGGUUUCACCAACCUGUCCCAGCUAAAUAAUUCCCUCUAUUAAUUUAUAUAUCUAUUUGGCCUAAGAGACCACAAAAGGAAUAGGUGCAGGAAUGCAGGAAAGGGCAAGAGAGCUGGACUCUCCUUUCUGUGGAUCCACAGUCCCCUGUAAGGGUUUGAAAUAUCUUCUCCUUAGUUCAGAGGUGGUUGGAGAUGUCCGAUUGAAGAAAGAUCUCUAGGAAGCUUAAAUGUAGGAACAGGAUUCUCUCAGAUGGCUUUCAGUAAAAUCCCCAGUCUCAGAAAUAGGUCUUCUCAGGUCAAGGACUUGGCUCAGAAGCCCCCUAGAACCUCCUUAGAACUUUCCCAGGUCAGUUUCCUUUCCCAGAAUCCUUUGCUCUCCAACCGACACUGACUCUGCCUCAGCCCUGAUGUCAGGGUUCCAAAAAUCCCUUAUGCACCCAUCCUUACGGAAGGUGUAUCCAGAGUUCUCAAGUGCUGGAUGAAUCAAUGCAAAAUGGAUUUAAGGUUAAUGGUAUUGGAGGUAAUGAGGAUAAUGUUAAUGAACCUAUAAAUAACAUAAAUCUGAACUUCUGUUUUGAUGAUAUUAGGAAGUAUAUAGGGUUGUUGUUAGAUUAAGUUUAGGGUUGAUAAGUUAAGGUAGAGUAGUGAAUUACAUUACAACAUAUAUUAUAACAUAUAGUACAUAGUACAUAUUAUAUACCACAAACAUGUAAAUAGAUAUGUAAAUAUAUAUAGUAUAUAUUAUAGUUAGGGUUGAAAAUUGUAUUAUAGGGUAUGUAAAUGUGUACAUAAAUAUUUGUAUGUAAUGCAGGUAAAUUUUGUAUGUAUUAAUAUAUUUAUAUGUGUAUAGCAUACAUUUGUAUAUUGUGUGUAUUAUAUGUGUAUAUGUGUAAAAUUAUGUUUGAGCUUAAUAUUUGAUACUAAGCUCUUUAGAUGAGAUAAUUAGAAGCACAGCUCUAUGUAACACUUUGAGUUUUGUGUAAUAAUAAGGGUUUUAUUUAAAAUAAGAUUGUUUGAAGUUUCAUCUACUUUGGAAUGUAUUUUGCAUAAGUAAGUAUUGAUGGAUUGGUUUGAUUUUUUGGUAAAAAUGUAUGUAAUGUGUUUAUUGUACUUUUUCUAAAAAUUUGUUAUUUUCUGUUUUAUACAUUGCAAUAAUUUUGAUAGGAUUUUUUGCAUUAGUUUAUAAGAAUAGUAUUUUAUUACUUUAUUGUCUUGCAUGAAGUUUUGUGUUAGUAUUUCUUUUUUGAUGUUUUGCCUAUGCACAUAUUUGCUUUGUAUUUUGAACUUUGUAACUGUUCAUUGUAAAAUUUUUCCCCUUUUCCUUUCCUUUGAAUCCAUAAGGCAAGGUAGUGUUAGAUCGGAUAAGAUUAUCCGAUUAUUAAGUGAGUGUAAACUGUUUUAUUAUUUUGGGUAAGAAUUUUAGUUUAGGUGAGAUUUAAGUUUGUUGGUACACAAAUGCCAAAACAUUGUUUUCAGCAAUAUUUUGGCUUUGUGCAAAGGGGGGGGGGGAGGGCACUGUUAUAAGCAAGAGAAGGUUAGAGCAAGUUGCAGAGGCAUGAGACUAACGGAGAGAAUUCUAGAAUGGAAAAGUAAGGGAGAGACAAUUAACUGAGGUUUGGGAAUCUUUCUCUGGUUUGACCUGGAGAGUCAGGCUGCUUUUCCUUUGGGCUGAUACUACCCUAUAUUACCCUGAAUUCCCUAUUCUGUUUUGCUGUCCAGUUACUCAACUGCUCUGCUACUCUGCCUGCUUUGCUGAUUGGUUUUUUCUGCAGUUCCUGAACUGUGAUCCUGAACUAUCUGGCAUCUGAUUGUGAGAUCAGGCCUGGGUCCUUUUGGAUCUAGAACCUUCCCUGGGGCCUAUCAGGCUUACACAGACCCUUUCCCUAAUAUCAGCUAAGGGAGGUUUAGUUUUAGUUUAGCCAAGGUCAGGGACUGGGGAUUUAGGCAGUUAGGGAGGAGUAGAGUAGAGAAAAAUAACUGAAGAAAUCUCUGUGAAGAGAUAUUAGAUCCUGGGUUAUUAGUUAGACAAAUUAGCUAUAGGUUAUCCAAUACCCUUUUACUUAUUCUUUUAUUAAACCUACUUCCCAUUUUAUUUGAGUGGUCUGUGUGCAUCAUCUUAGAGUCAGGCCCUGUCUGGCUGGGUUUGUAGGCCUUCCCAAAACCCUGUUAAUCUUCUGAUACUGGUCCAAACCUAUCCAUCUGGUCCCAUCUCCAAACCACCCUCAUUACAUUAUCUGAGACUGGAUUUGAACUGAGGCCUUCCUGAUUCCAGACCCAGUGCUCUGUGUACUUAGCUGCCAAUAGAAGAGAAGAGGUUUUAAUUAAUUAGGAGCUCAUAAGUUCUCUAGGAUGAAGGACUCUUUACCCCCAGGAGAAAGAAAGGCUAUCUGAAGAGGUUGAGAUUUGAAAUAGUUUGGGGACCUGGCUUAGUGGAUAGAUUGCUGACCUCAAAAUCAGAAAGGAUAUCUUUUGAAUCCUGCCUUAGAUUCUUACCAGUUAAGUUGCCUACCUUCUCUAAUCCUUAAUUUCCACCUCUCUAAGUGGGAAUAAUAAUAGCAUCUGCCUCACAGAAUUGUUAUAAGGAUUGUAUAAGAUAAUAUAGAGUGCUUUGCAAACUUUAAAAUGCUUGUAGGAAGAAAGCUAUUCCCAAAUAGGAAAAUGAAUUCUUCCCUUGUAUAAAGGAGGUAUUUAUGAAAACAUAUUCUUUUUAGUUGAAGAUUUCACUAGAUAGUCCUGGAUAGCUGAUAUAACCUAGUCAGGAGAAAGCUUUGGUUUUGGAGUAAAGAAUAUAGCACUAGUUGUAUGGGAAUUAAAAUAAGAUAAUCCAGUAUACUUACAGAAGGAGAACAUCCCCAGAGUAACUGUGCCUGAGAUAAAGAAAAAGUCACAGUAAAAUAUUGUGUGAAAUAAGAGACCCCAGAUUAUGCAAUAUGGAAGUUACUAAGCCCAAUCAUUAAAGUACUGAAUAUCAAGUUUUCAGUCUCAAAUUCUAUUUGUAAAUGAACAUUGGAAACUGAAAGAGCUCUAGAAAAAUGCUUUGCUGGUGCUUUUCUAGCUCUUAGACCUGGGUGUAUUAUCUAUGUGGCCAGACCAGCCAUCAUAAACAUGUGUAACUUGCCUCUGGAGACAGAGAGGGCCUCUGAGCUCUGAACUGGCCGGUAAGAGCAAGAGCCAGAGCCUGAGGACACUGCUGAGCUCUUAAAUUAGCUCAAUGCUCCUUUGCCUAGAAUUUAUGACCACAUCAGCCAAAGCCUUGGUAGACUUGCGGGUCCUUUAUUCUCUCCAGGACUGACCGUCAGUGAACCAACUGCAUGGAAGUAGAUGAGACCAGGAGCUUGAAGGGGAAUUGAAUGAGAUGUGUUAGGUCUGUAGGAAUUCUGUGUCUCCUGCCCCUCACUUGGGACCUAGCGAUAAUUAGCCUAUAGAGUAUGGUUAAACUUAAGAAUGUUGAGGAGGAAAUUCUAGUCUCCUGAUUCCUCCUGUCGGCAUUCUCGGACAUACCUGCUCUCCACCAGUCAGCAGAGCGUGAGCUAGGAUGUGAGGGGCCCUUGUAUCCUCUGCUCUCUUGUCCAAUUGCUGCUUUUGCCCUGACAAACACCAGCCCCGGCUUACCUUCAUUAUUUGCUACCGAAGCUUUCUGGAGAAAUGCUUGCUAAAUGACUUCAUGACAAAAUGAUGUCAUCUAAUCUUUACUGGGUCCUUCUGUACAAGACCACUUUUACUGAUUGGCCUGAUCUACUACAGGUGGAAAGUGCACUGGACCACAAUCAGCUAGACCCGAGUUCACAUCUAACCUUGGCCCCUUCCUCACUGUGUGACCCUGGCACGUCACUUUUGUUGGCCAAGAGCAUCUGCCUCCCAGGGUUGUUGGGAGGAUCAAAGAGAAUAUUUGAAGGAUGCUUUGCAAACCAUAAGGGCUAUAUAAAUGCCCCUAUGCUUCUAAGCAUCCAUCGCGACGAUACCCUGACACAAAAUGGCUCUUCCUGUUCCGGAAGUUCCCUCUUUUCAGACAGCUCCCCUCUCCCAAGCCAUCAAGGACCAGGAGAACUUGGAGCAGGAUCUCCAUAGCCUUAGCCUCCUCUGUGCGCCUACAAACCAGAGGAAAGGUUCUAGGAAGGGUGCAAGUACAGCCUGAGCCAGACUUGAUUCAUUAACGGAUUUUUAGGAACAUGUCAGUUUAUACAGUGAGGCAUACCAAAAUUUUACCUGACUUUUGAUUUCCUGUAAAAAAGAUUAUAAAAAGAAAACUACUGUAUUUCAAAAAAUAAAAUUUGGUGCUUGUGGAUGGAAGUUGUCAGUAUCCAGGGCGUUCCUGAAUGUGGAAGGGCCCUAUUUGUUUCCAGUGACUGGUGCUUUGAUAGAAUGUGGAUGGGGAGGGUUUUUUCCCUGUGUGCAUGUUUAGUGACAUUUAUCCACAGAUUCUUAUGACUGUGAAGCAUCUGGUGAGCAUAGCCGAGGCUGGGGCUGCUGUGCUGUACAGAGAGCUGGGCAUGCAGUCAGGUGAGCCUCAAACGAUGAGGCGCCUCCAGCUAGAUUCUGAGCUCUUGCUCAGGGAAAGCUGGCCCAUCAGACUCGUCAAAUUAAGACAGGCCGCCUGCCAUCGAGUCACGUUUUUGUAGGUCAGUGACCAGCGCCGAGUCUGGGAAACCUUAUGGCCAUCCCUGGAGGUCAGGUAGAAGGUUUCAUUUCCCAAACCCUGCCUGAACGGAAGCCAGGUCAGGUGCUGAGGCAAGAUUUGCAAUCCUAAGAAACUGAAUCCCUGAAAGGCCUGGACCAGCGGUUCUGGGCCGGAUCCUCGGUGCGCACUGCACAGGGCUGUCCAGGUGCUGUGCAGCCUCAUAGAUCUCCUGUUGGCUUGGGCAAGUUGCCUUCAUCAGACAGGAGUAGCGCCUAUCCUUCAUUCAGCCUGCCCCACUGCUGCCCCGUGAGAUACGACUGUCCAUCACAAGCCUAUCUUGGGCAUUCUUGGGAACAGAACACAGCCCGGAGGUCCCACGCCAGGUGGAGAGAAGGGUCAGGGAAGGGAAGAGGCCCUGCAAGCUGAAGAAGCCAACAUGGCUGUAGAAAUGUCUGGCCAUCUCCAGCCCACUGAAGGCCUGUUUAUUACACAAAGUCUUGCAUUCAGACCCACAAAUGGCAUCACCUCUCUGAGAGGCACCACCAGCCAGGGAGAAGCACAAAGCCCCGCUCGUCUCCCACACGAAGGCGUCAGUUUGUCCUGUGGAUCUGGGGGCCAAGCAGCUCCCAAGGACAGUCGAGUCACAGAGAAUGAUGGAGCAGACCAGAUUCUGCACUCACUCCUGCAGCACAGGAACCUUGAUCCUAAAGAAAGCCAGCCACAUGGGCCAGCAGGGCUCUAUCAGGUAGAAGGAGUCUCGGUGCUGCCUCAAGAUUUUCCCCAUGACAGGAGCAGCGCCUGCACCUCUCAGCUUCGUCACACUUCGACCAGUGCUGGGAAGUUGGAAGAAAAAGAUGGUGCCGGCUGACCACCAGGCCAGAAAGAAAAAGAGCCUUGGCUUGUUUUCCAGAAGAACUGGAGUGCAGAAAGCCUAAGUCCAAAAAGAUGUGCUCUCAAACGUCCGGGUCAGGCUCUGCCCUCCCUCCCCAUUUCUCUCUCUCCUUUCCCAGACAUUCUGUGAGGAGCUGGUCUGAACCUAGCCAUAUCUGACCCCAACUUCCCUUUCCUUGGUGCAUUCCUCCAUCCCAGGUCCUCUGAAGUCCUCCCUAAUUCUGCCUUCCUCUAGUUCUACUGUACCACAGGAGGGUUAAAAGUGCCUGAUCCCAGCGCUAAAGGCUCAUUUUUGUCUCUUUCCAUAUGACCUCCUUCCCUGCGUAGCCUAUGAAUAUGUCCUGGUCCUCAGGCCAUAGGACUUCAGCGUAGCUUCCACACACACCCCAGUGGAAAAGUGAAGUGUGUCCCCACUUCUCCCUCCAAACGUGGGUCCUUCUGGUUUGUGUUCUUAUGACAUAAGCAACCGGGAAAGAGUGACGUCACAAAGAAAGUCAGCAUGCCGUUGGCCUCACGUUGGAAGGCGGCCAGGGCUUUCCAUCAAGUAGGAGAGAUUCUGGUGGGAGCUAAAAAUGUGCCCAAGAUAACAUCUCUAACUUUGGUCACGUAGUAGGAGUUCUUCAGUCAAAUCUUCCAGUUAGAGUACAAAAGUAAAAGGCAAAAUAAUUUUUGGUAACUCCUGGCUCAGAAUCCAUAGCCCUGAGAUCACAUGGACCAGAGUCCUUCUUAAAGGCUUUCACUAGUGAUUUACAUUGCUCUCAUCCAGGACUCAGGCCCUGGAAAGGUCUGAAUUUGAUUCAUUUCUAUUCCUCUCCUAUAAUUCAAUUCCCUUGAAAGUUUCUGAGGCCAUCCAGACAAGGAAGUUGAGUCAAUAGGAUUUCAUUUCCCACCUCCUAUGUGGUGGACACUAAUCUUUAAUCACUGGCGUUAUAAAGAAAAGCAAAAGUAAUUCCUGUGCUCAAAGAGCUCAAAAUGUAAUGGGAAAGACAACGUGCAAGCAAGAGAAUAGAUUUAGUAUAAAUGGAAGGUAGUCCCAGAAGGAUACAAGGAAUAAGGGAGGCCAGAAAAGACUUCUUGUAGUAGGUGGAAUUUUAGCUGAGACUUAAAAGAAGUCCUGGGAGUCAGAGGGUGACCAGGGAACCCAGAAGGUAGAGAUGAGGAGGGAGAGCAUUCCAGGCUGGAGGAACAGCCAGGAAAAGUGACACAUGGAGAUGGGAGCAAAAGAGGUCAGUGUCACUGUAUCACAGAGAAUGUAAAGGACAGGAAAGAUUCAGAUGAGAACAGUCAGGAGCCCAGCUGCCCCCAGUAUAUUGAUUUAUUAAGCAAUGAAUGACAAUUGCCCAACAAAUUGACUCAGUUGCCAAUUUCCCUUCCUCAGUUUAGGUUAGACCCCAAAUAUAGGGGAAAGUAGACUUUUAGACAGUAAAAACAAUCAGGUAGGACCAAUUAAUUAAAAAAAGAUAUAGAUAUAUAACAUUAGGGUUAUGAUUUCUAGUUGUGUGAAAGACUAAGGCCUGGGGGCAGUUCAGCUCAGUGGAGAGCCAGGCUUGGAGAUGGGAGGUCCUGGGUUCAAAUGUGGCCUCAGAUACUUCCUAGCUGUAUGACCCUGGGCAAGUUACUUAACCCCCAUUGCCUAGCCCUUACUGCUCUAAUACCAGUACAAAGCAAUGAAUAUAUGGGUUUAAAAAAAAAAAAAGAUUAAGGACUUUCCAAGUUGGGAGAGGGAGAGCAAACAGGUACAAUUCCCUGAAUUCAGGAAAAGAAGUUUCCCAUUCUUUCCCAGGUAUCUGUAAACAGUCAAAGGAACAUGGAAACAAUAACUUAUUGAUCCAUGUGGGGCUAGUUUUUAAAUAAAAUGGAUUGAAAAGUCCUUAUCUCAGUCUUUGCAUCUGACAGUGCUUCUGGUCAACAUAACCCAAGUCCUUGGUUAAGGGUCUCUACAUAGAUGUAGACAGAUGAUCCAGUUUCCUACUUAUGCAGGCUAGGUUUGAGCAAUGCCAUAAGGUUUGCUCUCAACUCCUACUAUUAAAUAACUUUUCUCACUAGAUAGAAUCUAGACUAUGCCCAUAAUUGAAUAGAAAGAGAAAUAAGUUAGCUCAGGAAUUGAGUCAUAAAAUGGGGUCAGUGUGUUCAUUUAAUUCCCACAAUUAACCAUUUCCUUUCUAAUCCCCUUAAUUUUCUCAAAAUUAACCCCCCUUUUGAUUUGGGGGGAGUUCCCACUCUCUCUCCAUGGAUCACUUAUCUCAUAAGCCCAAAAUCUAUAAGGUUUUUCUUAUAUUCAUACUCAGAAUUACUUAUCAGCUUAUGGAUCAAACAACUUAAAGGCUUCACCAUUUUGAGAAGAGAGAUUUACAUGUCACCAAAGUAACCAAGAAAACUUGAACAUAUGAACAUCAUGGAACAAAAAAAAAAUACAUAUCACCUAAUUCAAUAGUGUAUUGUUUAGUCCUAUUAGGAGCAUUCCUUGGUCCUGUGCUGUCAAUAAAAAAUCUAUCCAAGGGAGAAUCUAAAGAUGUCUAAUUAUUGUUAGAACCUAUUUUUUGUCCCCACCAUCUUCAAAAAAAACCUUAAACUUAGUCUAAACCUAAAACUCCAAACUCUAGGGCUGCCUCUCUAGGGGCAAACCUAAAAUCCAGGGUCCAUCUCUCCAAGGGCAAACCUAAAACUAAAACAUUUACCAAAUCCAAAAGCCCUUGCCAAGACUUAAUGGGAAAAACCAAAAAACUAAAACUAAACUUUACCUUAGCUGAGAAGAAAGGGAUGGGGAGCAACAGGCUGAUCUCCAGAGUCAUUCUGUGAGAAAAAUCUCCCAGUGAAAGAUUAACCAGAAGAGCUCUAGGGAGUUUUUCUUGAAGGUUGUCAGCAGGAGGUCGAAUUUCUGACUCGACCUAGCUAGCUCUGCCAAAAUUGAAACAAGCAAAAGACUAAAUGAUUGAGGAAAUGAAGAUUUGGUCUUCUGAGCUUAUUGAUGUAUUAAGCAAUGCGUGCCAGUUGUGCAACAAACUGGAACCAAGCCCCUUCCUCAGUGUAGGACUAGACCCCAAAGACAAGGGAAGACAGACUUUUAUACUGUAAAAGCAGUUAAUCAAAUUAGACCAAUUAAUAAAAAGGAAACAAUACAUUCGAGAUUCUGAUUUUUAGUUGUAUGAAAGAUUAAGGGCAUUCCAAAUUGGAACAGGUCCAAUUCUCUGAAUUGAGUAAAAGGUUUCCCACUCUCCCCAUCCCUAGUAUCUGUAAACAAUCAAAGGAAUGUGGAAACAAUAAUCAAGUGAUCAGUAUGGAACCAGUUUUUAGAUAAGGUUGCUUGAGAUGUACAGUUAUGAGAAAACUCUUUACAUUGGUCUUGGGAUCUGAUUGUGUUUCUGGUCAACAUGGGUCCUCAGCUAAGGGUAAAGGCAGUUACAAGUGAUCCAGUUUCUCAGCCAGAUAGGACUAGCCCAAUCCUCCCAAUUCCCUCCAAAUCAACAGGAUUUGGCAACAGAUUGGAUCCAAGCAAGGAAGGUGGGAAAAAGAGAGGAGCCAAGAACAGCUUCUAGAUUGUGAGUCUUCGUGUCUGGGAGGAUAGUGUUGCUCUUGAUGAUAAUAGAUAAAUUAGGAAGAGGAAAGUGUCUACGGGGAAAGAGAAUGAGUUCAGUUUGGGGCAUGUUUAAGAUGUCUAUGGGGGUGGGGGGGCAGCUGGGUAGUUCAGUGGAUUCAGAGCCAGACCUAGAGACAGGAGGUCCUAGGUUCAAAUCUGGCCUCAGACAUUUCCUAGCUGUGUGACCCUGGGCAAGUCACUUGACCCCCAUUGCCUGGCCCUUACCACUCUUCUGCCUUGGAGCCAAUACACAAUAUUGACUCCAAAACGGAUGGUAAGGGUUAAAAAAAAAAAAGAUGUCUAUGGGGCAUCUAGUUCCAGAUGUCCAUUUGAGAGUUGGAGAUAUGAGAUUGGAGGUCAGGAAAGAUUUCAGUUUGAUAAACUGAUCUGAGGAUCAUUUGCAUACAGAACCUGAAUGUGGAAUACGGAACAAGUUUAUUACAACUAAUCAGUAAAGGAAGUCUGAGCCCAUAGUCAACAUAACCCCUUUUGAAGACAUCAUCUUGCCCAAGGACCUAUUGAUUCUGUCCAGCCUUAAUGCUUUUAAAAAUAAUUUAAAGAUUGUUGACUCAGUUAAGAGUUUUCUGUAAGUGUGUAGAUAAACAACAUUUUUUAUACAGCCAUCCCAUUUUGUUGACAGUUUUUUGUUGAAUAAUGGAAAAGCCUGAGAGAACAGUUUUAUGUGUAGUGUACACUCAGUUCUGUCUCAGCCACUCCUGAGUCACACCAGCUCCUCCUCCUUGAAAGCCUUUUAGAAGACUCUCCUGACACUGACCAGCAAUAUGGCCCUGGGCUAAUGGAUCAUUUCACCUCCUCUGGAUUUAUUUCCUUAUCUACAAAAUGGGGUUAAUCCCUGUGCUUUAUAGAAUGAUUCUGUGAGGUAGAAAUGUUAAAACACUUUAUGAAUGGCUUCUUGAUUGUUAAGAUAGCACUGUAUACAAGGUAAACACUAGCAAAUGUUUGUUGAAUUGAGCCAUUGUAUCUUAAAAGUGCCCCCACCCCAUCUCCUUCUGGUUCCCCAUCUGGCAUAUAUUGAGAUGAUUGCACCACAGCCUCAAUGAGUGAGUGCUCCAACCUUAAGGCUUGUUUUCUGCCUGUGGACACCAGAGCCAUAACUAACAUGGGCAACCAGAGCACUGACCUAGGAUGCCAAAAUUAUUCUAUUCACCUCCCAGUGAUGGGAGAUCACCAGGUCCUCUGCUGGUCAAUUCUAGAAUCAUGAGAGUACAGGGGGCAGGUCAUUACUCUUUUAGACCAAGUAUGGCACCAACCAGAAGGGCAGUAUAGAUUCUAGAAUAAUUUCAGGGAUAAGUGACAGGAGGAGACAUGAUCUACAGGAUUUAUAAAGUUCUUUAAACUCAAAAGAUUCCAUGAGCUUAUGACUUGAAACUGUGCCAACCCCAGGAACAAGACUCUCAGCCCAACAUCCUCUCCUCUUCUCUUCCCUAUCUUCCAGCCCAGAGCUCUUGGUAAGAAGAGAAUGGUGAAGUAAAGAAGCUUUAAAAACCAGAGAGGGUCAAAUAUACUGGCUCCAGUUGCCCUAAACAAUUCCAGUUCUUGUGUCAAGUUUCUCAAUUUAGAAAAGAGACCAAUCCACUUUGUUGUGGAAGAAGACACAUUCUGCUCUUUUUCACUGUCUAUUUUCUGCCUCUCUGAAGCAAAGCACCAGCAACUGUUUGUAGUAAUGCCAACUAUGUUCAUAUCAUUACUGCACACACAAAGGGGCAUGAAAUAUAUUCCCUAUCCUUAAUCAUCAAACAAUCUAAUGGAGGAAAUAGUGCAUAUAUGUAAUAAGAUCCAUCAUAUACCAGUUGAAAAAUGAGUGAGAUAAACAGCAAGUACUCUUCUACCAUUACUUUGCACAGUGGAGGACACUAAGACGCAGUAACUAGCAUCGCCAUACUUGGGCAACCAUUGUUUUGAAACAAUUUAUAAGUAAGCAUGCAGAACAAAAUGGUGAGGAGUUUUUCCCUAAAUUUCUCCAACCUAAAAACUUUACCAAAAAGAAGUUUACAUAUGACAUAUAAAAUAACCAAAGCUGAAUCCACAGGAUAAGAAGACAGAAACACACUGUGCAAGAUAAAAACACAAAAUAACAAGAUAAUAUAAUACCACACAUACGGUAUCAUAUCACAUCACAACCCUGGAGGAAAAAAUUAAAUACUUAGCAUUUCCACUCUAUGUCCUCACCUUUGAAAUCACUUAGCAUAGAAGGCACUGAGCACAAGCAACCACCCUAACAGUGGAAAAAGAGGGAAAAAAUGAUUUGGAAAAAAUAUUAGAGACAAAUUGGAAAAAUAAUAACCUUAUUCUCAAACUUUGAGGUGAAUAGAUUAAACAAUUCAAUAAAACCAAAAGUGGUAUUUGAUUUUUUUUCUUAAAUCUCUUGCUUAAAAGAAGUACUUUUUGAGAGCAAAAACAUGCACAGAAUAAAAAUAAUGGGCUAGAAAAACAUUACUAUGUACACCAAAUAAUUCUCAAAUAAGAAGGCAAAGCAAUAACAAGCAUUCAAAACAAUAGGGAUAAAUGAAGAAUUACUUUUCCUGUAAGCCAAUCUGAUUAAAAAGGAAGAGAAGCAAAAAAUCAAAUGAGGGGGCAGCUGGGUAGCUCAGUGGAUUGAGAGCCAGUCCUAGAGAUGGGAGGUCGUAGGUUCAAAUCUGGCCUCAGACACUUUCCAGCUGUGUGACCCUGGGCAAGUCACUUGACCCCCAUUGCCUAGCCCUUACCACUCUUCUGCCUUGGAUCCAAUACACAGUAUUGACUCCAAGAAGGAAGGUAAGGGUUUAAAAAAAAAUCAAAUGAACAAAAUUGCAAAUCAACAAGUGAAAUUACAACAAAACUCAAGAAAUGACUAGUUGAAUCUAAUAUGUAAGUUCUAUGCUAACAAAACCAAGAGCACAAAAGAAACAGAAAAUCCCCAAACUUACAGUUUCACUAACUGGAGAUCUUCAAACAUCUCAGGCCCAGAAAAGGAAAUAGAACUCAAUGGGACAAAACUACAAAAGAGAAAGAAACUAGCCUAGACAAUUCCAUCAGACUUUUAAAGAACAACUGGUAUCCAUACUAUAUAAAUUCUCAAAAAUUGAGAAAGACGCCCUAUCAGAAUCCUCUUAUUACACUUCCAGGUAACCAUGGUGGCAGUCUAGAUGCAGGACUCUUUCUCUCCUCACUACCUAACCAUACAGACUACCUCAAAAAGCCCCCCCAAAAAAAUUCAUAUGAAUGAAGGGACUCUACAGUAGGGUGCAGCAUUGAAGGUACAUGGGAUUUUGGCAUUUCUAUACCAUUAGGGCAUGAAAAAGCUUCCACCAAAAUGCUCCCCCACCCCACCUAACGGAGCCAGAAUCAGAGCCAGCACGCGCUAGGAUCGGUGAGUGAGAGGCACCUCUGGGUCCUUGGCUACUGACUGAGACCACCAAGACUACCCCUGAGAGCAGCUAGACCUGAGGCCCCAGCAGGCUGAUAAGCACAGACCAUGGGCACCAGCAAGGAGAUAGCACAGAGAGGGGGCAACAAACAGCAGAAGCUACAGAGGCUCAAGAGCUGGCCUCAGCCAAAAUCCUUGCUCCUUAGCUCCAUACACAGAGAGCCUGCCCAUCUCACUCAGAUUUCUAACUGGAAAGGAAAGGAAAAACCACCACAGUAAUGGCAAACAGUGCCCAGGAACAACUUCCCAACACCAAAAAAACAAGAAGGGGUUGACCCUGGAUAAUUUUUACUAAGGAAAAACCCAUGCUACAGAGGAAAUAGAAGAGGAAAUACAAAUAAAUGCACCAAAACCUUCCCCCCUCCAAAUGGAAAUUGUCCACAAGCUCUUGAAGAAUUUAAAUUGGAGCUUAUCAAAAAGAUGGAAACAUUCUGGCAGGAAAAGUGGGAAAUAGUUCAAAAAGAAAAUAACAGUUUAAAGGACAAGAGCUUCCAAUUGGAGAAACAGCUAGAUGCUAUGAAAAGUAGGAUAGACUAAACCAAAAAGGAAAACCAGUCCUGAAAGGCCAGAAUUAGGCAAUUGGAAGUCAAUGAUCUUGCAAAACAGCAAAAAUUAAUAAAGCAAAGUCAAAAGACUGACAAAAGAGAAGAAAACAUAAAAUAUCUCACUGAAAAGAUGAGGGAUAAGGAAAACAGAGCACAAAGAGACAAUCUGAGAAUUAUUGGUCUACCUGAAAACCCCAAAAAUAAACAGAAAUCUUGAUAUCAUACUAGAAGAAAUUAUCCAAGAAAACUAUCCUGAUGUUCUUGAACAAGAGGGCAAAAUAGACAAUAGGCAAAUUGACAAGAGGGCAAAUAGACAAAUAGGCAAAAUUGAAAGAGUUCAUAGAACACCCUCUACACUAAAUCCUCAAAAGACAACUCCCAGGAAUGUAAUUGCCAAAUUCAAGAGCUUCCAAGCUAAGGAGAAAACUUUACAAGAAGCCAAAAAGAGACAAUUCAGAUAUCAAGGAACACCAAUCAGGAUUACACAAGAUCUGGCAGCUUCCACACUAAAGGGCCACAAGGCUUGGAAUAUGAUAUUCAGAAAGGCAAGAGAACUGGGUCUUCAACCAAGGAUCACCUAUCCAUCAAAACUGACUAUAUACUUCCAGGGGAAAGUAUGGGCAUGCAAUAAAAUAGAAGAUUUCCAAGUAUUUGUAAAGAAAAGACUAGAAAACCCAAAGAACUCUCGCAUUUUCUGUUGCCGUGGAGUAUCCUCCCGUGAUCCCCUUUACAAAUGGGCUCUGUGGCCUAACACCCCGUUCUCCCGAGCCAGGUCACCAGUGAUCGUCCGCCACAGACCACUACUUGACAGGGGCUGCUUGGGAGCCGCCACUAAGAUUUACAUCAUCACAAGAAGAACAAGCAACAUGGCAGCAAUCCCGUCCAGCAGUUCACUUGUAGCAACCCAUGACUACUACCGAAGGCGUCUGGGUUCCACUUCCAGCAACAGCUCCUGUGGAAGUGCUGAGUACUCUGGGGAAGUGAUCCCCCACCAUCCUGGUCUUCCCAAAUCAGACCCAGGCCACUGGUGGGCAAGCUUCUUCUUCGGGAAGUCAAGUCAUCCAUUCAUGACAACUGUAUUGGAAUCCCCAGAGAACUCAGGAACUUUCUAGGUUGCUCAUGGCACGAUCAUCUGUGACCUGGCUCAGGAAGCCAUGAGGAAGCAGCAUGUCAACGAGCCCAGCAAAACCACCACCAGGCCUUCUGCAUGAGCAGCAGCACCUUCCUGCUGCUCCCCACCACUUCUGAAGUGCACUAGGCAUCAGAGCCCAUUUCCCCUCCUCUCCCCUCCCUUUCCCUUCCCUUUUCAUCUCCCACCUUUUCCUUUAGAUUGGAUUGGCUGCUUAAGCAUAGAAGUAGUUGUGCUGUGUGUGUGUGUUUUUUAAAGAAAACAAAAGCAAAACACCAAAAACAAAAGCAACCACACUUGUUACUUUUUUUUUUAAUAUCCAAAUCACCUAUGUGCUUUCCAGCAGCCUCAGUAACUUUGUUUACUUUGUUACUCAACAGAAACUAAUAAACUCUGAGCAGCUUUUUAAUGAAAAAAAAAAAAAGAAAA